AGCACAACAACGACACAUGUUUAGCUAACAAUUUGGACGAGUAUAAAAUGCAGGCUUGACCCCGCAAACCCUCCUCACUGUUUCCCCACAGUGUCAUGACGACGGUCCCGGCCGGGGGGCGUGGCAGCCGUGGGUGAGUUUCGUGAGAACGGCGCAUGGGGCAUCGUCGGGGAUGAGAGCGCGCCAUGCUGCGGCUGGACGGCACAACUCCUGCGCACUGGCGCGGCACCGGAGACUGGGGUCUCUGUUUGUAUCUGGGUAGCCGGGGCUAUCCUGGUAAACCCUCGAUCGUCGGGAUGCAGACAACCCUCCCGGAUGCCGGUCCUCUCCGUGCGCGCGUGCCCACGUCGUCAGAUUUGUGAAUUGGCCGCGCGUUUUUUCUUUGUUUUGUUGUUUUGAUGGACUCAGUCAUUAAAGGGGGGGGCGAAUGUGAAUUCAUAUCAACACUCGAGCAGUCCAGGAUUAUUUGUAUAUUCGGAAACGGAAGGUUCACCUCGCCGGGAUGGACUCGUUUAACGCCAGCGGGAUGGACGCGUUCACGGUCGUCCACCUGAACUCCUCCUGGAGUCCGGACAGUGGGUACCCGCUGGCAGCGAUCGCCGGCAUCGCCGCUCUCGUGAGCUUCCUCAUCCUCUUCACGGUGGUUGGGAAUAUCCUGGUGGUGAUCGCCGUGUUGACGAGCAGGGCGCUGAAAGCCCCGCAGAACCUGUUCCUGGUGUCGCUGGCCACCGCGGACAUCCUGGUCGCCACGCUGGUGAUGCCCUUCUCCCUGGCGAACGAGCUCAUGGGCUACUGGUAUUUCGGGAAAGUUUGGUGCGGUAUUUACUUGGCUUUGGAUGUGCUGUUCUGCACCUCGUCCAUUGUGCACCUGUGCGCAAUAAGCCUGGACCGGUACUGGUCCGUUACGCAGGCUGUAGAGUACAACCUGAAGCGGACGCCCAAACGCGUCAAGUGCAUCAUCCUGAUCGUGUGGCUCAUUUCUGCCUUCAUCUCAUCCCCGCCGCUCAUAUCGAUAGACGGCAACAGCGACGUCAGCUCUCUGCCCCAGUGCGAGCUGAACGAUGACACUUGGUACAUCCUCUCCUCCAGCAUCGCGUCCUUCUUUGCCCCGUGCAUAAUUAUGAUCCUGGUCUACAUCAGGAUAUACCAAGUGGCCAAAACCAGAACCAGAGGCAUGUCGGGGAAAGAUCCCAGGCCAGACGGUGUCACGCAGACUGAGAACGGACUGAGCAAAGCCACCUCGCCUUUCCACGGCGAGGGGGAGAACGGUCACUGUCAGUGCCCGCACGCCCAGCCAACGCACCGUCACCAUGGGUCCACAGAACGAGGACGCCGACAUGGAGGAGAGCACCUCCUCGGAGGGCAAAGGUCACAAGCCGCAACCCCAGGACUCUCAGAGAGCAAGAGGGCCAGCCAAAAGAAAAGCUCCCUCUCCAAACAAUCCACCCGCAUCUCCAGAGUUAGCAACAAAUCAAUGGACCUCUUUGCCUCCAGGAGGAAACGUCGCCGGAGCUCCGGAGCCAGGAAAAAGGUCUCGCAGGCCAGGGAGAAGAGGUUCACAUUCGUCCUGGCUGUGGUCAUGGGGGUGUUUGUCGUGUGCUGGUUCCCCUUUUUCUUUAGCUACAGCCUGUACGGUGUGUGCAGGGACUCCUGCAAGAUACCUGAUCCGCUCUUUAAAUUCUUCUUCUGGAUUGGCUACUGUAACAGCUCCCUCAAUCCCGCCAUCUACACCAUCUUCAACCGGGACUUCCGGCGAGCCUUUCAGAAGAUCCUGUGCAAGUCAUGGAAGAAGUCCUUUUAGGAACGAGAGCAGAGCUGCUGCACCGUGACAAUCUCACAGGAAAUAUCAAGUGAAUCAACGGGAAAAAAAGGAAGGAGAACCCUGUUUUGUCUGUUACCGCCACUUAUUCCUCACUGUUGAGUCUCAUUGUACUGUUGUAAUUCAGCCAUGAAAGUGCACCACUCUGAUCCGCCGCCUUCAGUAGGUGUCUCUCAAAGCUUCAACAUGAAGCAUUUUUCCAUUACAGUCUUUUUACAAGCUUCCCCAAUCUGAUCAGUGAGCUCCACAUUUUUUUUAUAUGUGCCUACUGAAGUGUGCUGUAAUGCUUUAUAUUAUAUCCACACCAAAUAAGCUUUCCAUAACAUCUACAAAAGAUAAACACGUGGCCAGGAGGCCCUAAGGGCUCAGAUAGGCUGCUGGGCCCCCUUGACCCCCCACCCCCCCCGCCGUUUCUCCCAGCAUGCUCAUUGUAAUGUGUAUAAUUUGUGCUCGAACAUUAAUUGGCCACAGAUUUGCCGUGUGUUAACGUAUUAAUUUAGAAGGAAUGUGGAACAUACAUGCAAAAAAGUGAGAAAAAUUAUUGUUUAAAAUCGUGAUUUUGACACUCAUUUUUGACACAAUUUUUCUCCACUCUUUUGCUAAGAGUUGUAUGGAGAAAAAUUAGCGCACCGAUGUCUGCACUGUAAGUAUGUAGCUGGAGCACAGUGGCUGGUUAGCUUAGCUUCACAUGAAGACACACGGGAAAAAAAGGUAGCCCGGCCUCUGUUCAAAAGUGACAAAAUCGGCCUCAUGUGACCUCUAAAACGGAAAUGUGAAAGAAAGCAAUUCCCCGUUUUACAACGGGUGAUAUGCUGGUCUUAGUUGACACCAGUUGCUAGGCAAUCGGUGUAAAACCACCAAUCAGCGGUGUGUUCGACAGGGCAAGCGAAGGCAAGCAGAGCUCGGACUUGUUAAAACUAAAAAUAGACAUCAGUUAGAACAAUACCAAAGUGGAAGCGUUUCCCUCUCUUUAUAUCUCAGCAUAAAAAUGUGUCCCGCGGAGGAUCCGAUGUUGCCUGCUUGCAACCACCUUGCAAUUUAACUGCCCCCUUGUGGCCACAGUAGGCUACGGUGUCUGGAAGCUAUGUUGACUCGGAUAACAUUCAUGUGCAUUGCGGAUAAUCCCGCCAUCUUUGAUGGGUGACUAAAGCUACAGCACUGUGCAAACAGCACUGGUGCAUUCGAAAAUCACGUCAGCAGUGUUUUAUUCCUAAGCAUUAAGAGGUAGCAGUCGUAGGCAAAAUUAAACGGCGACUUGUAUCAAACUGCUUCAAGUUGUCUCGGUCAACACGUGUGACGAAGAGGAGUUAGGAUGAGGAAAUCCUUCCCAUGCGUAUUAAUUCAAUUGUAAUAUUCACAGUUAAGCAUGUAGGCAUAAUACCCACCGUUUAAUUUGGUUAUAUUAAUAUCCUUCCCUUCCUUGUGUGAGUUUGAGAAGGAGUAUGACGAGCCACCACACAUCACCGCCAUCAUCCGGUCUUUAUGAUAAGCCGACAGCUACGUAUUUACAGUGCAGACAUAGGUGGUGUUGAUCUUGUCAUUUAACUCUCAGCAAGAAAGCUAAUGAAUAUAAAAUAUUCCAGGAGAUUAUGUAAUAAAGCGACACCACCAUUGAGGCCCCUUGUUAUGUAAGCGUUGUGCUUUAGUUUUGCAUAUUUGAAAAAAAUUCAAUAAGCACAAACCAGUUCACACAGUAAGUCUGUACCCUGCAGCAAUUUCACCAAAAUUUAUUUUUUCCUUAUCAAAGGGUUUCCUUUAAAUUACUUUUAGUUGCCUGAAAUGCUAAAACUACCCAGUAUUUUAUAUAUUAAAAAAAGGGGGUUAUUAGAGAAAAAUCUGAGAAAUAAUGGUAAAACCAAAUGUGUUUGUGAUCCUCUCUGACGACCCCUUCAGAUUAAUCCGAGUAGCUAUUUGGAUACAACUGAACCAUGUUUUUUGGCCAUGUCAGCUUUUACAUUGUUGAGCAUCCCGGCUGAAAUAAUAGAGUUCAGGAUUAAUAAUUCAAGAUGUACCCUGCUCUCCCCUUUUGACAAAGCAUAACAGCAGACUAACUCACCAAAGAGUCCUGGCUACUGAUCUAAUAUUGCACCUAAAAAGCCUCAAGACGCCACAGAGAAGGGCUGACGCUCCAGACUAUAAGCUAAUUUUUUUUUUCAUGAUCCGCUAAAGAGGCCAUUAACUACUGAGUUAUUUAAGAUCACAUGCAUUUAUUCUUCACAAAUCUACCUCUUUGUUUGUUUGGUUCGUUGCCGUUUUUUGGAUUUAUAUUUUGCAAAGUGCAGUGCACAUCUUUCCUCUGCUUAAGCUGUCUGCUGUGGUGCAAAAAUAAAAGAUGAGUAAGUCCUGUAUGUCAAAUGCUGUUGUUGUGUUACAACAUGGAACCCCACUGAUCGUCAUGCACAGGUGCAGGAAAUGCUCAAGUAGUCAUUGACCUUUUUUCAUUUCUUGUAAAAUUUUAAAAGCGGCGGAAAAUUUAAUCACAAGCCAACACCUGUUUUGUAAUCUCUGGAAUAUGACACUUAAAAUGCACUGACACGUGAAGAACGAUCGAGUCCCGUGGCGUCCCUGUCUGUAGAUGUAUUAGCUUUCAUCAAAUGAAACUUCAACAGAUGUUAAUUAAUUGAUAUGUCUGGCCUCACCGUGAGGCGCAGGAUCGAUGUUAAAAGUUACGUGUCCUAACGUGUGAGAUAGCACAGUGAAAUCAAUGAAGAGGCCACGACAGGGUCAUAAAAAAAAAAGAGCGCUGUGGCCCGGUUUCAGGGUGUUGCUGACCUUUUCAGCACAACAUGUUCGAUGUUGGUUCUGGCUGCCUUCAUGAUCUAAUAUUCCCCUGAGCCCCUGUGGGCAGGACUGAGGUGAAACUGAAUUCCCCGCGCCAAACUCCUCUUGUUUUCUUUCCUCCCACUCCAAUGCUGUGGCUGGGUGUGCGCUGCCAAAAGCCAUUUGUAACGGGUUCCGAGUCCAUCUGCUGUCGCCCAAACUGCUGCUCAUCGCCACCAGAGAUUUAUGCCCCCAAGAAACUAAAGAGGGAAAACGGUGUCCCGGUCUGUGUCAUCGGUUGAAUAAAGGGAAAAGAGAGGGACGUGAAAUGUGAUUGAUAGACGAGUCAUAUUCUGCAUUAAAUAAUUAAAAUGUCUUUAUAUUCACCCACCUGAAGGAAACUUCUUCACUAUGUUUGCCGCCCCGCGUGUGUCUGCUGUUUGGCAUGUAACGCGCGGUGUGUUUAUCGUCGCAUGCGGCCCCUGGAAAUGAGGUUGAUGAGAGCAGUGACACGCAACCAGAAUAAAUGGACUCCAUUUAGUCAGACCUCUUCUUGUGUUAACGACUACUCAAAGUGAUUUACACGGGGAGUCACAUUCACACACAUCAUUCACACGCUGCCGUCAUUGGGCAAUCUGGGGUUCAGCGUCUAGACGGAGGACACUUUGACAUGCGGACAGUAGGAGCCAGGGAUCGAACCAGCGUCUAGAUUUUGAACAACCCGCUCCGACUCCUGUGUCACUGAGUCAAAUGGGAAGUUCUUAGAAUUGUGAAAUAUAAUAGUUGGCACAACUGUAGGUGAUAUUCUUCAGAGCUGAUGGGAU